UUACUGAGAAACACACACACAACCCCACCCAAAAAAAAAAAAAAAAAACUCAUACAAACCAACAAGCAAAUGUGUGAGACAUUGAAGAACAACUACCAGCUUUGUGAAGAAAUCGGCCGUGGCAAAUUCGGCACCAUUUCAAGAUGUUUCCACCCGAUCAAAUCUGAGGUUUUUGCCUGCAAAACCAUUGACAAACGCUCUCUUACCGAUCAAACAGACCGUGAAUGUCUUGAAAACGAGCCAAAGAUCAUGACCCUUCUUUCUCCACACCCCAACAUUGUUCAACUCUUCGAUGUCUUCGAAAACGAAGACUCUCUUAGCAUAGUAAUGGAGCUUUGCGAACCCUUUACUCUAUACGACAAGAUAAUCCAAAGACCGUUCUCUGAACAUGAAGCUUCAUUGUAUAUGAAGCAACUUCUUGAAGCGAUAUCCUAUUGUCACAAGCUUGGUGUUGUGCACAGAGAUAUCAAGCCUGAUAACUUGUUGUUUGAUUCAAGAAACAAUCUGAAGGUUGCUGAUUUUGGCUCUGCAGUAUGGUUACCUGAAGGAAAUUGCACGGAAUCAGGUGUGGUGGGAACGCCAUACUACGUUGCUCCUGAGGUUUUGAUGGGAAGAGACUACAAUCAUAAAGUCGAUGUGUGGAGCUGUGGAGUCAUAUUGUAUAUAAUGUUAGCCGGGGUUCCUCCCUUUUAUGGUGAGUCCGUGUCUGAGAUUUUCGAGGCGGUUUUGAGGGGAAACUUGAGAUUUCCUACGAGGAUUUUCAGGUCAGUGUCUUCUGCAGCCAAGGACUUGUUGAGGAAGAUGAUUUGUAGGGAUGUUUCAAGAAGGUUAUCUGCAGAACAAGCCUUAAGGCACCCAUGGAUCCUAAAUGAAGGUACAAGUGCAAUAGAAUGAAAUGGUUCAAAGGCAAUAAGCAAGCAAGAAAGGAAGGGCUGUUUCAGCAAUGUACAUAUUUCUACUGCCGACCUAUGAAUAAGAGAUCCCAUUUCUCUCUCUGUCUGCAUAAGCUCAAUAAUUCUCCAUCAUACAUGGCACUUUUCCAAUCAGACAAUAGAGAAAUAAUAGAAUCAGAGAGAGAGAUGGUCCACAUGAGGCACAUGAGGCUCUUCAAGUAGCUGUACUUCUGUUUCUUUUUCUUUUGUAUAAAGGUUUUGGAGAGAAUCUGAGUGUACUGUCGAAUGUAGAUAUGCAUAUAUAUGGUUUUAGAAUUCUGCUUUUCCCCGCCUUUUCUUUUGUUGAUUUUUUUGAUAAAAAGAUUGGGAAGUGAGAAAGCAUAUGAUGCUGCCAUGUAUGUUCUCUUUUUGAGUAAUGGAAUAUGAGGUGAGGUGUAUGUUUUGUGAAUGGAAAA